AUGUUAACGGAUGUUAUUACUGCAAGCAAGCGAGACGGCUUCUACGGUCAAGUGAUCGAAUCAAUUGCUAAAGAGAAGUCCGGGAGAUGGCAUAAGAAACUGUUUGAGGAGCUUGAUGAUUGGCGAUACAAUGAGCUCCCUGAGAUACUCGAGCAACGAUGGAAGUCAGAGGAAGAAGUUUGGUUAACGAAAUCAGAACUACAGUGCCUUAUGGAUUAUAAGCUUCAGAAAGGAAAGUUUCGUGCAACCCUCCCUAAGUUGAUUGCACAAAAUUCGGAUGAAGAGGUUAGAGAGGCUACAUCGAAAGGUUUAACAGAGUGGUUACAAAAGAUUGGCGGGAUCAAAUCGAAUAACGCCUACAUAGAAGCUGCGAAAGUUGCAAUUAAGGAUCUAAGCGUCCUACGUGGUGUGGGUCCUGCAACGGCAACCCUUAUACUAUCUUUACUAGCUCGAAUCAAUCCCCGAGCGCCACCUUUCUUCAGCGACGAAGCGUUCAUGUACUACGUAUUGGAUCCCCAAAGACCCGAUACGAAAAUAAAGUACCUGGCUCCAGAAUAUUUGAAAGAGUACCUCCCUAUAUUGCUUGGUCUUGAAUCGGACACUGCUACAUUAGAUGAGUUAGAACGUGGUGGUUGGGCGCUCAAGUAUUACAACGAAAACAAGUAUACCUGUGGCGAGAUUGAUGUAUCAGAUUUCAACGAGUCGAGCUUUAGGCAAUGGGAGGGAACCACCAUCAAAGAUGAACCCGAUGAUGAUACCUCUACGAAAGGACCAAAACCCUCAAAUCGUAAACGUAAGAUUGAACAAACGGAGUCCACAACGAAGAAGCGGGUAAGCUGA